CUGCGCAGACCUUGCACUUCUCGCUCAAUUUCUCGCUCUUACGUAUAUCGCCAAAAUGGGAUCAACCUCGACCGUCGCGGACACCCGCUUCAAGCUGAACACCGGGGCUGAAAUCCCCGCCCUCGGACUCGGAACCUGGCAAUCGGGUCCCGGAGAGGUGGAAAAAGCCGUGGCGCACGCCAUCUCGGUGGGAUACAGACACAUCGAUACCGCGUUUGCCUAUGGCAACGAAGGAGAAGUUGGCAAGGGCAUCAAGGCGGCCAUUGAGUCUGGAGUCGUCAAGCGAGAGGACCUCUUUGUGACCACCAAGCUGUGGAGCACCUGGCACUACCGUGUGGAAGAGGGUCUGAACAAGAGCUUGGAGAACUUGGGACUGGACUAUGUUGACCUCUAUCUGGUUCACUGGCCCGUGGCCAUGAACCCUAAUGGAAACCACCCCAACAUCCCCACUCUUCCGGAUGGUUCUCGUGAUCUGCAUCUCAACCAUUCCCAUAUCACCACCUGGAAGAGUAUGGAGAAGCUGGUCGGCAGCGGAAAGGCUAAGGCGAUUGGUGUUUGCAACUACAGCAGGCCUUAUCUCGAGGAGCUCCUCGCUGAGGCCACUGUGGUCCCGGCCGUCAACCAGAUCGAGAACCACCCCUGCCUUCCCCAGCAGGAGGCUGUCGACUUUUGCAAGGAGAAGAACAUUCACGUCACCGCAUACAGCCCGCUCGGAAGCACGGGCAGUCCGCUGCUAACGGCCGAGCCUAUCGUCGAGGUUGCGAAGAGAAAGGGAGUCGAUCCCGCCACAGUCCUUCUGAGCUGGCACAUCAACCGUGGUUCUUCCGUUCUGGCAAAGUCUGUGAACCCCUCUCGUAUUGAGGGCAACCGCAACUUGGUCGCACUUGAUGACGCUGACAUGGCUACGAUUGCCAAAUACACGAACGACCUGGCCGCUAAGGAUGCAUUCCAGCGUUUUGUCUUCCCUCCUUUCAGGCUCGACUUUGGAUUCCCCGACAAGAUUGGCCGCGUAUAAGCUCCUGGUGAGUGAGGUUGGUUUCGGAAUAGCAGACAGGGCAUAGAAGGAUAGACUAGUGAACCGUGGCACCCGUACAUGAAUUGAUGUUCCAUUGCAUAAAUGAAAUGACUUGAUUACGAUAUCC